GGACAGCUGUGUUUGUCAGUGAAGACCUUUUAGAUUUGACUGACAGAUGUCUUAUGAUGAAUGACUGCAGUUUAGGUCCCUUUGCUGUGACUCUUUGAAGUAUGUAAAUAAAAUUCCCAUGUGGAGUUUAUUUAUAAGAACGUGAAUACGGCUGAAAGCGCACAGGAGGACUCGAUAUUCAAGUGCAGGAUGCAUUUUACCAAUCCAAAAUGAUGCGAUUCGCUGGAUUCCGAACACCAAAAUCUUUCAUGGCCUUUGUGAUGAGAAGAUGGAAAAUCUUAAUGGUGCUGAAUGUGUUUACGAUGGCCGGCUUCAUCACUUUUUGGGGCAAGUGCAAUUUACGCACAACCAAAGCUGUUGGUCAACAGGCGGUGGCUGCUGAUGUGAGAGGACAGACGCAUCUGAAUGGAUCUGCUCAGGAGACCAGCAUCACUCAUGAUGUGCUCUUAAAGAGACUGGGAUCACUGGAAGAUGUGGUGUACAGACAACUGAAUGGUUUGUCCAAGUCUCUUGGACUCAUUGAAGGUUUUGGAGGCCGAGGUAGAGGAGGUCUACCAGCAACACUUAUGCCAGAGGAAGAAAAGGAGGCCAAAUACCUGAGGGAGAAAUAUGGCUACAAUGCAUUUCUGAGUGACAAAAUCUCUCUGGAUAGAUCUAUUCCAGAUUAUCGACCCAGCAAAUGCAAAAAGGCUUUUUAUUCCCGUGACCUGCCACAGAUCUCCAUGAUUUUCAUCUUUCUGGUCACAUCCUACCAGGAUGGUUUAGCUGAAUUUCCAGCCUGGCAAAACUGGGCUGAACCAGUUCUGUCUAGAAUCAAAGAGAACCACAAGAGGAUCAUACUGCCCUCCAUAGAUAACAUUAAAGACGAGACGUUUGAGCUGGAACGCUAUGAGAACUCAGGCCAUGGUUAUAACUGGGAGCUCUGGUGUAUGUAUAUCAGCCCACCGAAACAGUGGUGGGAUGAAGGAGACACUUCUGCACCUAUCAGGACGCCUGCAAUGAUAGGCUGCUCUUUUGUGGUAAACCGGGAAUACUUUGGGGAGUUGGGCCUACUGGACGCAGGGAUGGACGUGUAUGGAGGCGAAAAUAUAGAGCUGGGAAUCAGGGUUUGGCUGUGUGGGGGAAGCAUGGAAGUUCUGCCUUGUUCCAGAGUGGCCCAUAUUGCAAGAACAAAAAAGCCCUACCACAGUAACAUCGCCUUUCACACUAGGCGCAAUGCACUUAGGGUGGCAGAAGUCUGGAUGGACCAAUACAAAUCAAAUGUCUAUUUGGCAUGGAACCUCCCAAUGAAGAACCAUGGCAUUGACUAUGGAGACAUAUCCCAGAGACUAGCGUUCAGGAAAAGACUCCAGUGCAAAAACUUUGAGUGGUACCUCGACAAUAUCUAUCCAGAGAUGAGGAUAUACAACAACACUCUCUUUUAUGGAGAGAUACGCAAUACCAAUGUGACCCAUCUGUGUGUGGACCAGGGCAUAAAGGAAAACCACACAGCAACUCUGCACCCCUGCCAUGGCUGGGGCCCUCAGCUGGGUCGCUACACGAAGGAGGGUUAUCUUUUCCUGGGUCCUCUGGGAAGCACUGGUGAAGAUACGCGGUGUGUGGUGGACGAUAAAAUCAGCAGCUACCCACAGCUCCUGAAUUGUGAGAAAGUCUCUAGCGUACGCCAGAAAACUUGGCACUUUGCACAGAAUGAAGCAAUCAUCAACCGAGCUACAGGACGCUGUCUUGAGGUAGUGCCGGCUAAUAUCUACUUCGGCUACGCUCUGAUCCUGCGUUCCUGCACUGGCCAGAAGUGGAACAUCAAGAAUUUGAUGAAACAGGACUGAGGGCAGUGAGUCAGCGACCUUAGAAAGUCGGGAAUCUCCACAGCCUUCAUGGAACUUUAGAAAAUGGAUCCAGUUUUGUGGAACUCAUGGGGUGCUGAUCAUGUUUGCGUGUUUUGGGUUUUUGGUCUUACUACAUUCCACAUUACAAAGAAUAAGACACUUGAAGACACUGCAUACAGUAGGUUCCUCAGAUUUCCACCUUCUGGAAAACCUCUAGACAUCCUUUCAAAAAUUACUGUUCUCUGAGGAACAUUGGAUUUCAUAAGUACCUGCAAGAACUGUAAAGAACAUCAAUGGUUCCUCCAUUAACCUUGCUGCAAUGAAAGAUUUUGAAGCACAUAAACUAUGUUGAAGUUACUUAGGUGUGCAGUAUUUUCAACCAUAGUUUCAACUAUGAGAGCAACCAAGUCUUGAGUGCAGAAACCAAAAUGACAAUUAAAUGUUGUAGAUGAUCAACUGCAAAUACUCUGUACAUCACUGUAUGCAUAAUUUAAAGGAUUAGUUCACUUCCAGAAUAAAAAAUUCCUGAUAAUUUACUCAC